AUGGGUAUCACCCUCCAUGCCAAAAACAGCAAUGAUCCACCUGAGGUCCGUAAUUGGCGAAUACACCUUAUCGCCGUGGUGAUGAGCAUGGGAGCCAUUGCUAUGGGUUAUGACACCAGCGUCAUUGGCGGAACUAUGGCCCUGGAGUCAUUUCGUCGAGACUUCGGCCUGGACAAAGUAUCCAAGUCAGAGACGGAUACACUGGAAGGCAACAUUGUAUCCACAUUUCAAGUUGGAUGCUUCUUCGGGUCACUUCUCACCUUCCCGCUUGCAGAAAGGUUUGGACGGAAAUUGGCGAUUGUCAUCGCAGUGAGCGUCUUCUGUGUAGGAGGCAGUUUGAUGACUGCUGCAUCCGGUCACUUGGGUUUGAUUUAUGCUGGUCGUGCCAUCGCAGGAUUCGGAAUUGGAUCUGUGUCUCUCCAAGUACCGGUCUAUAUAGCGGAAAUGUCACCAUCGUCAAUCCGAGGUCGGCUGGUUGGUAUUUUCGAAAUCUGCUCGCAAGGUGGCGGCAUGUUAGGAUUCUGGAUCAACUACGCCAUUAACCGCACGAUAUCCUCCUCUCUGAGGUCUCAGUGGCAAGUGCCCUUGGGCUUACAGCUCCUACCAGGUGGUCUGCUCCUAGCGGGAGUCUUUUGGUGUCCUGAAUCUCCGCGAUGGUACGCUAGAAAAGAUCGAUGGGAGGAAGCAGAACGCAGUUUGACAUGGGUACGCACUCUGCCUGCAGACCAUCCCUUCAUUCAGGACGAACUUCAGCAGAUCCGUGAGCAGAUCCUAAUCGGCCUUGCUCCCCCGACAACCAAGCAUAGCCCGUGGUACUAUGUGAGGCGCUUGAGCCAAAAAGGGACUCGGAAUCGUAUCGGCAUUGGUCUUUUGUUAAUGGCUUUUCAGAAUUUGACGGGCGUGAACAUUAUCACAUACUACUCCCCGCGGAUCUUUGAAACACUUGGUAUCGGUAGCACUAACACAAAGUUAUUUGCAACUGGGUUCUACGGGAUCGCGAAAACAGUUGGGAUGGUCAUUUUCAGUGUGUGGCUGGUUGAGAGGGUGGGGCGGCGCAGUGGACUGGUAUGGGGUGCCUUUAUAGGCAGCCUUCCAAUGUGGUACAUAGGGGGCUAUGUCUUCAAACAGGACCCAACAGGCACGUCAGCCCGAGGGGACACGGUGCGUACUGCCUGGGGUUAUAUUGCCAUGGUUUGCGUCUACCUCUAUGGGCUCAUUUACUGCGCAACUUGGCAGGGUAUCACCUGGGUAGUGUGUGCGGAAAUCUUCCCAAUUGAUAUUCGUAUGCUGUGUGUAGCGAUCACAACAGCCGACCAGUGGCUCUGGUCAUUCAUCAUCAGUCGCACCACACCAUACAUGAUUACGUCGCUUGGCUACGGUACGUACUUCUUUUUCGCGUCACUGAUGAUCUGCAUGGGCUUCUGGGCGUGGUUCUUUGUCCCUGAGACAAAAGGAAAAACCUUGGAGGAGAUGGAGGCGUUAUUUGGCGCCACCACUGCUUUUGACUAUGAAAUUGGCGGGGUCCAGUCAGAUGAGAAGAAGAAGGAGAUCGUGCACAUCGAGAACGCGGGAGAAGGGAGAUAA